UUUACCUCUCCGAACCCUAAACUAAACAUCUCUCCCUUUUUUUGGGUCGUCGUCUAAAGCCAAGAUGGCCGGAGCAGGAGCCAUGCUCGUGGCCAAUGCAAUGAUAUUGACGAUUUUACCCCUAACCGGACUGGUCCAAGGCUUCGGCGUGAAUUGGGGAAACAUCGCAUCGCAUCCAUUGAAUCCGAACUUCGUGGUUGGGAUGCUGAAAGACAACAACAUCAACAAGGUUAAGCUUUUCGAUGCAGAUCCAUGGACCAUGGAGACAUUGGCUGGGACCGGCAUCGAGGUUAUGGUCGGAAUCCCUAACAACAUGCUCGAAGACCUUGCCAAAGAUUAUGGCUAUGCCGAGGAUUGGGUUAAAGAGAACGUCACCAAAUACAUGCGCGAUGGAGGCGUCAACAUCAAGUAUGUUGCGGUCGGGAACGAGCCGUUCUUGUCGGCAUACAACGGGUCGUUCCUGAAGACGACGUUCCCGGCGUUUAAGAACAUCCACAAGGCUUUGAGAAAAGCCGGACAUGGAGACAAGAUGCAAGCCACGAUCCCUCAGAACGCCGAGGUCUACCAUUCAGAUUCCGACAAGCCAUCUGACGGAGAUUUCAGAAGCGAUGUGAAGGAGCUCAUGCUCGAUAUCGUCAACUUCUUCAAGGAUAACGGAAACCCUUUCACCGUCAACAUCUACCCUUUCCUUAGUCUCUAUCAGAACCAACAUUUUCCGGUGGAGUUCGCUUUCUUCAAUGGCAAUGGUCAGGCUAUCACUGACAAGGGCAGGACUUAUGACAGCGUGUUUGAUGCGAAUUACGACACGCUUGUCUGGGCGCUGAAGAAGGCCGGAAUUUCCAACAUGAAGAUCAUCAUCGGGGAGGUCGGGUGGCCAACGGAUGGUCACAUAUAUGCGAGCCCGAGCUUAGCCGAGAAAUUCUACUCGGGCCUCAUGAAGAAACUCGCUAACGACGAAGGAACUCCGUUAAGACCUGGGAAAUUAGACGUGUAUCUCUUCGGCUUACUUGACGAGGACAUGAAGAGUAUUCUUCCUGGACCCUUUGAAAGACAUUGGGGAAUAUUCAGGUAUGAUGGGCAACCCAAGUUUGUGUUAGAUUUCACGGGGCAAGGCCGUAAGAUCAUGCCAGUGGGCGCGAAGGGAGUGGAAUACAUGGAAAAGCAAUGGUGCGUCGUGAACAAAGAGACGAUCAAUCUAGACAACGUUGGUCCUGACCUAGAUUACGCUUGUUACCACGGAGAUUGUACGGCUCUCUUGUACGGAUCCACGUGUAACAAGCUCGACAGCAUCGGGAAUAUCUCGUACGCGUUCAACAUGUACUUCCAGAUGCAGAGCCAAGACGUUCGAGCUUGCGAUUUCAGAGGGGCGGCUUCGAUCGUGAAGACAAACGCUUCGGUCGGGACUUGUCUGUUUCCCGUGCAGAUAGUGAGCGGAAGCGGCAAGCUUUUGAGCUUUGUGUACGCGAGAUUCGCUGUUCUUGGACUUGUGUUCCUCGGCUUGCUCGCGUUCGCAUGAUAAUUUCGGCCGACUUCGAAUUAUUAAAUGUCGUUAAUUACUUGAUCGAACGUUUUGGUAUUUAAUCAUAUAUGCAUACUCGAAAAACGAACAUUAAGGGGGGAUUUAUAGAAUUAAUUACUUGUUAA